AUGGUUUCUAGAAUCAGUUGUUCGAAGAAGAAUCGGGUCCUUCAUGAAAGUACGUAUGGCGUUGGGACAACUAAUGAGAAUUAUUUUCAUCGACUUGUUUACAAGUUCUCCGAGGGAACUGACAAGUCCACCGAGUCGGAGACUACCGAGAGUCCACUACGUCUCGUAGACUUGGCCAGUCGUUUGUCCCACAGCCUUGUCGGUUUCAGAUUAGAUGAGAUCUCUCGUCCACCUCGUCUGCCUUCGGUACCGGCAUCGCCAGUGCCAGCACCGAUUCCUGGUUCGGUUGCCGUUGCGCAGUCACCAGCCGCACAACUCUUCUCAGAGGAUGAUUGGAGUUGGCAUCGAAAUCCAGCUGCAGCCAUUCGAUCCGGUGGCACCAACAAACAGACACCUGUCUGGAAGUAUUUUGUUUACAAUAAAGCAGAGAACCUGAGCAGGUGUAUAAUCGGCGACUGUACAUACAGCUUGAAAGGGCCGCACACGAGUACCUUGGCUUGUCAUCUGAAGAAACAUUCGGCCGAAUACGCUGAAUUCCAAAAGCUGAAGGUUGACUAUACUCGUGAACGCUAUGGCGGUCAAUUGCCAUCAUCGCCAUCUUCAUCGGCAUGUGGAUCGAACUCGUCAUCCACCAGCAAUAACACCCCUGCCCCAAAACCAUCGAAACCGAAGAAGGAAACAAAACCAGACGUGAGUAAUCUGAUGGCGGCACUGCGCAACAGCACUCCAGCAAUGCCUGCUGGCCUACUACACAAUCUCAUGCAAACGGUGAAUCCCUUCCAAAUGAUGCUUAAUCCGCAAAUACCGACGUCCUCGGCCAAUAUCAAUGCGGCACAAGCAGCAAAUCAAAUGUUGCAACAAGCAGGACUCACAAUCAAUUCGUCGGGACAGAUAAUGCAGUCUAAAAAAUGGCGACGAGAUGAGCGACGUCAACGGGAACUUGAACAGCGGUUGGCUUUGGCGUUGACCACCUCGCAUCUCACCGCUGAAGCUCUGGCCAAUCCACUGUGGAAGGAGCUACUUGAAGCUGCACAACCGAAGUUCACUCUGAACGACGAUCCCCAGUACUUUGAACAGCUGAUUUCCACCCUACACCUUCGUCUUUUGCAAUCGAUUCGUGCCUUACUAGCCUCGGCAGUAUGUGUGUCGGUGCUGGUGGAUUGUGUCCGUCUGGCUCCAUCUGCGAAUUCCGAUGAGCCUCUGUUCAGAUUAUGCGUCUCAGCGGCGUUUCCGGCGUUUAUCAAUCAAAAAUAUGAGGUGCACGUCAUCCUGCUCGGCUUCCGUCCACUUGUUCAAGCCGACAAUACGUCAGAAUCCAUUGCGAUGACGAUCGAUCAGGUCCUGUCCGAUUACGACCUGCCGCAGGAGAAAGUUACUCGUGUAGUAUGUUCCGGACUGAAGCAACUGCUAGAGGAUGACUACGGCAGCGUCGUGGACAAACAGAUGGAACCGUUCAGUCAGCGGAUUAUGGGAUGCUUCACGCAUUUUCUCGAAUCGAAUCCUGCAAUUGACGAAUUGCGAAAAAGCGUCUACCAGAUGAUCUUCGGUUUUGUCACCCGGCCAGAAUCGUUGCAGGCGCUGAAUAAGGCAGCAGGACGGGUAGUGGAUUUGCCGCUGAGUGAGCCGUUCCCAGUACUGGCUGAAGCGGUCAUGAACAUCAAAUAUGCUGUCGACCAGGUGUCUAAUGAUGCCUCGAUAGCUCGCCUUAGCGACGAGCAAUGGAACCAAUUACGCGGCAUCUGCAACGCCUCAGCGCUAUUUCGCCAAUACGGUAAUGGACUGACCGAGGGUGAAUGUCCGACGGUGGAUGGUGUAGUGCCGGCUAUCAAGCAAAUCACUCAUGCUCUCGAUAAGGACUCGCUGGAUCUCGGCGUAUUGGCCAGCCAGUUGAAAAAUGUCGUCACUGAACGGCUUGCGUCCAUUAUAGACGUCAACCAUGAGGAAUUCGAUGGGACUUAUAUCCAGGCGACUGCCCUUAAUCCUCAGCUUGCUGUGCUUCUGACAGAGCAGCAGUUAUCUUAUGCUAGAUCUGCGAUUGAGCAAGAGCUACACUCACGCCAGCCGACACCCACUUCUUCUCUUACCAUGGACGCACUUCUGGCAUCGGUUUUAUCGUCGUCACCAGAUUCCUUGCCGUUGUAUACGGACUUACUUCAGCAGGCUCAACGAUUGCAACAGGAACGUAACGCUCAACCGAUGCGCGAUCGGAUCACUGAAGCCGCUUUGUCAUCCUACUUUGACGAGCUGAUCAGCGGGUCAACAGCCGAAGCCCUGCUGUCGCCGUUGCGUUCCUUUGGCAAUCCGCUUCAGACGCCACUGGUAUUCUGGCAAGGCUGUAUGCAGCGAUGUCCAACGUUGGCCAAUCUGGCCCUCGAACUCCUAUCCAUUCCGUCGGCUACGGUCACUGCCGCUUCACUGCUGUCCUCACGUGGUGCGUCACCAUUCCAGAAACCGGAUCCCAUUCCCAUACUCUCACAUCUGGACAAACCGGAAAAAUUAGAUCGAAACUUGUUACUUAGAUUCAAUCGGAAUUUCAUUCAUAAAGCUUAUUAA